AUGGCUUCAUCUGCUCUCGAAUUUAGCAUUAAUAAUGAUUUGCAUUUAAUUCAAUUGAUAUCAAUUGAUGGCACCGGAAGAAUGCGAUUACAAUACGAGGGAACAAUUUAUAACAUUCAUGUAAUGCCCGAAAAAGUGGCCAAAUAUUACGAAUUGAUUCCAAAUAAACCCAAACCAGAUGUGAGCAAAACAUUAAGGUCUCCAAUGCCUGGAUUAGUCAAAUCUGUGUCCUGUUCUGUAGGAGAUUUGGUUUCUGAGGGACAAGAGGUUUGUGUAAUUGAAGCGAUGAAAAUGCAAAACAGCCUAACAGUGAGUACUUCGGGAAAAAUUAAAGCCAUUAACUGUAAGUCUGGAGACACUGUCGAUGACGAGCAGAUCCUCAUUCAACUAGAAUAAAGUGUUUGUCGCAAAU